AUGCUCCUUGACACUGCGCAAGACGAAUGGCAAGAGGGCGAGCUACCAGAUGAGGGUGUCAUCAAUGUGAUUUGGAAUGGGCGGCACCAGGCUGAAUGUCUCAAACUCCUACAGAAAUUGACUGUUGGUGAUGAACACCCCUCACACCAUGGACAGAAUGAAGAUGGAACUCCAGUGGAUCCGGACGGUUUGGAAGCUCAAUGGAGUGAUGAUGAGGAUGCCCUUGGAAUGAACCUACCUGCAGAUAGAAAGGUGAAGCUUGCAAAGCUUUUUAAAGCAAACAAGCUACUUACUGAAUGUCAAAAUUGCAAUUCUAUAGUCCCUCAUGCCAUUGGCACGCACAUUCAACUCCAGCUGGACAUGCCACCUGAUGUCCAGGAUACCACUGACUCACAACACUCUGUUUCUGCCUCAGCAUCUCUCCCCCUGGCUGCAUAUGCAAGUCAGAGGUGGCUUCAGGAUGACCACACAUUUGACAGUUAUGAAGGUGGACCAAUAAUUGAAAUGUUAAUGACUCCCAGGGAAUCCAAUCCAGCAAUGACAUUACAGGCUGGAGGAAUCCAGAUCUCAACUGCUUGGGUGGACUGGGUGGACCAUGGCUACCACAUUACCCCUAGCUCAUUCCACAUGUUUUAUCAAUGUGACCCAAUAGCCACCAUGGAUCAUAUCAUGCCCAUUGGCACACCAGACUCCUACAAUCCUUCAAAUCAGGUUCCAGAUUGUGUUACAGGUGCAUACAGCCUGGACCGGCUAGGGUCAGAGGAUGGAGAACACCACACACAGGUCACAGAUGUGGAAAUACUGUCUGCUGCUGAACUCAUCGAUUCUGCCCAAUAUGAUCCCCCACUGCAUGAUGACUGCAGGUUCAGACACAAUUCCUUUGUGCGUGGUCGCACCAGUAAUCAUUAUGGUGAUAGCCCAGCUUUAUAUUUUGAUCUCGAACAAGAUGCGGUUGCAUUUUCAGAAGAUGAGAUAGAGAUUUCAGUGGACAUAGACAGCAUAAUCUGGACCACAAAGCUCUUCUGA